UAUUUUUAACAUAUUCAGGGUUUCAUUUUGAAUAUACAAAAUGAAAGUGAAGGGAGGAGGGAAGAGGAAGCUGGUAACCGGAGAAGGAGAGAACCUAGGUCUAAACGACGCCGUUGACGUUGAUGUUGAUGUUGUUGUUGUUGUUGAAGAGAAUCACGUUGAUGUGAAUGAAGAGACACAACAAGGCGUUGAAGAAAUAGAAGAAGAAAACAACGAGGAAGGAAAAGAGGAGGAAGAUGAACAAGUGCCAGGUGACCAGGAGUCUCAAGAAGACCGCCCCAAGCUCGCUGAGGGUUUCUUUGAAGUUGAAGACAUUCGUCAUCGAAGAGUUCGGAAGGGUCAGCUUCAGUAUCUCAUUAAAUGGCGUGGGUGGCCGGAAACUGCUAAUACUUGGGAGCCAUUGGAGAAUCUGCAGUCAUGUUCAGAAGUUAUUGAUGCAUUUGAAGAGAGCUUGCGGUCGGGCGGCAAAUCUUCUAGGAAGCGCAAACGCAAAUAUGGAGGUCCUCAUACCCUGUCGAAGAAGACACAGCUGCUCUCUAUUAAUUCUGCCUUGAAUGUUGGUGUUGCUGGUCUAUCUCUAGUAACCUCCCCUCUCAAUAACACAAGCCUUGUUGAUCUCCCAGUCUCUAAUCAAUCUAUAGGAUCAGGUCUUAAAGGAGAAAAAAAUGGAGAUCUUAGCAUCGUCAAAACACGUAGGCAAACUAGUGAAAGUAUAUUUGCAAAUGGUUCAAAGCAAGUUGAUGUCAGGAAAGAGGAAACUGAGUAUGAUCCAAAGCUUAGUGAACUGAAAGGAACAAUGUCUUACAAUGAGAUCAAUUUAGAUAAGCUUGCAUUAACUUUACAAGAGGCCAAGGUUUCAGAAGGCAAUGGUCUUACACAUGGGAUCAACUGCAAGGUUGAUCGAGUGGAAUCAGUUCCAAAUAAUCGACAUGCAGGAGCUAAGAGAAGGAAGUCUAGUUAUGUGAAGAGGUUUAAACAAGAUUUGGCCUCGACUAAAAUGGUAGCUGUACAAGAUUCAAUACCAAGCAUUGCUGCUGGCUGUGGUGGUACAGGUGAGCAACUUGUGAUUGGAAAUUCAAGUCACCAGAACAUGAUUGAUGUUUCCAGAUAUGCCCCUGCACUUGUCAAAAUCAUCAAGCCAAUAGAUUUCUCAGCUUCUGUAUCUGAUAACGUCCAGGAUGUGUUGGUGACCUUUAUAGCACAGAGGUCUGAUGGUAAAGAAGUGAUGGUGGAUAAUAAGUUUCUCAAGGCUCAUGAUCCUCAUCUGUUGAUCAACUUCUAUGAGCAACAUCUCAGGUACAGUACACAAUGAUUUGUUGGGAGUUUUAGAAGGAGAUUGUGGGUGUAGCAGUAUAUUCUUCAAACUAGCUUUUUUUGUAUACACAUGCUGUAGUUCUCUAGUUGCAAGAGAUCCCCCAAGAUGACAAAUGCCCUUUUGCUCUGUCUAAUGACACAAAACUGAGUUAUAAUAUUUUUAGGACCAUUUCUACCUAUAUUUGCCUUUUGUCUAAUAAGUUUUCAGAUUUAUCCACCAACUAUAUGAGUAUUUAACAUGGAUAGCUUUUGAGAUUUCACCAACUCUUGCAGUAUAACGAAAUUUAUCUUCAUCUGAAAAAUUCUCUCCUCGAUUAA